AUGUCCCGCACCCGUACUCCGAUCCCAGAAGCUUACGAUGAUACCCGUAUUCUUGGUUACGACCCAUUAAUCCCACCUGCACUCUUGCAGCACGAAGUUCCUGCAACUAAAAAGUCACUCGACGUAGUCAUCAAGGGCCGUGUUGAAUCUUCCGAAAUUAUUGCUGGUAAAGAUGACAGAGCCUUGGUUAUCGUUGGACCAUGUUCUAUCCACGAUGUUGACGCUGCUUUGGAAUACGCUCAUAGAUUAAAGAAGUUGUCCUUGGAAUUGGAGAAUGACCUUGUUAUUGUGAUGAGAGCUUACUUGGAAAAGCCAAGAACCACUGUCGGUUGGAAAGGUUUGGUUAACGAUCCAAAUGUCGAUAAUUCUUUCGAUAUCAACGAAGGUUUAAGAAUCUCCAGAAAGCUCUACGCUGACUUAACUAGUAUUACCGAGUUACCUAUUGGUUCAGAAAUGCUCGACACCAUCUCUCCUCAAUUCUUCUCCGAUUUACUUUCAUUCGGUGCCAUCGGUGCUAGAACCACCGAAUCUCAAUUGCACAGAGAAUUAGCCUCCGGUUUGUCAUUCCCUAUUGGUUUCAAGAACGGUACUGAUGGUGGAUUAAGAGUUGCAUUGGACGCUUGUCAAGCCUCUGCCAAAGGUCAUCAUUUCCUUGGUGUAACCAAGAAUGGUAUGGCUGCUAUUACCACCACCAAGGGUAAUGACCACGGUUUUGUCAUCUUAAGAGGUGGUAAGAACCGUACUAACUACGAUGCUGAAUCUGUUGCUGCUGCCAAGGUAGACAUUGCUAACAGUACCAACCCAAACAUCAAGCUUAUGGUUGAUUGUUCUCAUGACAACUCUCAAAAGGAUUACAGAAACCAACCAAAGGUUUUGGAUUCUGUCAUCGAGCAAAUAUCCAAGGGAGAAGAAUCUCUUAUUGGUGUUAUGAUUGAAUCUAACAUUAACGAAGGUAAGCAAGGUAUGCCAGAAGAAGGAAAGGACAAGUCCACCUUGAAAUACGGUGUGUCCAUUACUGACGGAUGUGUAUCUUGGGAAACUACCGUUGAUAUGUUGAACAACUUAGCAAAGGCUGUGCAAAAGAGAAGAGAAUUAAAGAGAACAAGCGCAACUUCUUAA